AUGCAUGAAGACAAGUCAAGCGCUCAGCUUGACGACGAUUCCAAAAAGAAUGCAAAGAGCCCGCCUCAAUUCGAGCAGUAUGGCGUCAGCAUGCACCAGCGGACUAUCUUUUUCGGGCCCGAUGAGCAGCGUGGAAGAAGAGGGUCCAAGCAUCGGCGGUCCAUCUCACGCUCGCGUUCUCGCAGCCGCGCUCAAUCCGCUUCCACCAUUCCAAUCGAGUUCCGCCGGAUGAGUUUCCAAAUCGCUGAGUCCGAUACACGCGAGAAAUCUCAAGUGGACCUAAAAAGUAACAAAAACAAAAAGGAGGAGCCGCCCACUGACUCGAAUUAUUUCGAGAGUCUCCAUUUUCAUCGCCAGUCCGUUGACACUAUCUAUCAACAUUUCGACAGCACCAUUGAUGGACUCUCUCCAGCGGAAGCCGCGGCUCGUCUGGCUCGCAAUGGCAAAAAUGAACUGCCACACAUUUCACCGAACUACAUUAAGAAAGUCCUCAAGUAUGUCUUUGGUGGAUUCUGUUCAGUUCUCUGGAUUGGUGUGAUCAUCUUCUUUAUCUGCUGGCGGCCUCUCGGUGACCCGAAUCCAGCACCGUACAACUUGGGCCUUGCCAUCCUGGUCCUGAUUGUAAUCUUCCUGCAAGCCUCAUUCUCGGCCUUUCAAGAUUGGUCCACCGCUCGUACUAUGAAAGGCAUUUUGGACUUGGUCCCGACCGAAGCAUUGGUGGUCCGAUCUGGCGAGACAACAAGAAUCUCCGCCACGGACGUGGUCGUCGGAGACAUUAUCAAAAUUAGCGUGGGAAACAAGGUCCCAGCGGAUCUUCGCCUUAUUACCACAUCUGGAGACAUCCGCUUUGACCGCUCGAUGCUGACUGGAGAAUCUGAAGACGUGGAUGGUGCCAUUGAGAUGACGGACAGCAAUUUCUUAGAAACCGGCAAUGUUGCGCUGAUGGGAACAAUGGUUACCAAUGGAAGCGCCACAGGAAUGGUGGUUUUGACAGGAAAGGACACCGUGAUGGGGCACAUCACAGUGUCCUCUACCUCGGUCAAGGAGCAGCCUACCCUCAUUCAGCGUGAGAUCACCCGGUUUGUCAGAAUCAUUGUCAUGUUGACAGUGUUUCUUGCUGCCCUUAUACUCUUCACUUGGGUUGGCUGGCUCCGGGUGAAGCACUUCUCGUAUAUGAAUGUGAUCGACAUGCUUGACGAUGUGAUGGGUUGUGUCGUUGCAUUUAUCCCCGAGGGCAUGCCUGUGGGAGUUGCCUUGACACUUCUACUCGUGGCGACACGCAUGAAGAACCAUAAUAUUCUCCCGAAAGGCCUUUCCACUGUUGAAACCCUCGGAUGCGUCAAUGUCAUUUGCUCCGACAAAACAGGUACCCUUACCGAAAACCGGAUGAGCGUUAUCACAACCGCAUUUGUGGACAAUAUUAUGUCGGCUGAAGCGGCUAUUUCUAAUAUUGAGGAAGGAGUCUUGAAACCUUUUGCGGAUCUCCAUAAGGCUGCUGCUCUAUGUAAUGAUGCUCUUUUUGAUGCCACGACCACCAGCUAUCCCAUUAUGGAAAGAAAGGUCCUCGGCAACCCCACUGAUGGCGCUGUGCUCAAAUUUGUUGAACAAGCCCAAGAAGGCGCCGUUCAGGAUUUGAAUGAGAGAUACCACAGGGUUUUCAGCAUUCCGUUCAAUUCCAAGAACAAAUGGAUGCUCACACUACAUGAGAUUGAGACAGCCGAGCUAGGAAACCCCAGUUAUCUCCUCCUGGUGAAGGGCGCAGCAGACAUCUUGCUGCCACACUGCACUUCCUAUUGGUCCUGCGCAAGCAAUAGUGUCCAGACGCUCGAUAAUGCGGCAAAACAGCAACUUGCAGCAGCUCAGGAACACAUGUCGCGCGAAGCUCAGCGGGUCAUUCUCCUUUGUCAACGGUCCUAUACUCCCACGCAGCCUUUUGGAACAAAUGCUUUCAGAGAUGAGAUUCAGAGUUGUGGAAUAGCUGCUCUCACUCUAAUUGGCCUGUUUGGUAUCAUUGAUCCCCCUCGCGCGGAGGCCGCAGCAACUGUGGCAUCUUGCCGACGCGCCGGAGCUCGUUUCUUCAUGGUUACUGGUGAUACUGGCCUUACUGGGGCGGCUAUUGCUCGUGAAAUUGGUAUUUUCAGUGGUACAGCCGAGCCUGAUACCUUUGAAACCAUUGUGCAGAGACGGAGCUUUGAUGAUAUUUCUACCUCCCAGUCGUCGAAAGAGUCUGAUUCUAGAUGGUCGCAGAAAAGCCUGCUUCUUGAAGGCCCCGCCAUCUCGCAACUGACCGACACCGAUUGGGAUUUGGUUUGUCAAUAUGAAGAAAUUGUGUUUGGCCGCACCAUGCCAGACCAGAAGCUCCGCAUCGUGAGUGAGUUCCGAGCACGCGAUAAUGUCGUUGCGGUUACCGGAGACGGUGUGAAUGAUGCGCCCGCAAUGCGCGCUGCUGAUGUUGGCGUGGCCGUGAUCACUGGCAGUGACGUGGCUCUUGAAGCCGCAGACCUGAUUUUGAUGGACAAGUUCGACUCCAUUAUUGAAGCAAUCCGCCUUGGGCGUUUAGUCUUUCAGAACCUUCAGAAGGUCAUCAGCUAUCUUCUUCCGGCGGGUUCGUGGUCUGAGAUCUGGCCAGUACUUCUGAAUGUUUUCUUCGGCGUUCCUCUCCCUCUGUCAUCAUUCCUGAUGAUCAUCAUCUGUGUUUUCACCGAUUUGCUCUGCUGCCUGUCCCUGAUUAUGGAACAGCAGGAGUUUGACUUGCUUGAUCUACCGCCCCGCAAUCACAAAAAGGACCAUUUGAUCAAUUUGAAGGUUUAUAUUCAAAGCUAUUUCUUCAUUGGCGUUCUGGAAACAGUUUGCGCGCAUUCAAUGUACUUCCUCUAUUAUUGGAAGUACGCCGGUAUUCCUGCGAGCGCACUUUUUUUCGCGUUUGAAAAGUAUGCAGAUGGGUUCUACGGCUACAAAGAGGCCGAGCUGAUGCAUUUCAAUGUCACCGGCCAGAGUGUUUACUUUAUUUCCCUUCUCAUCAUGCAAUGGGGAAACAUCCUCAGUGUGCGCAACAAGCGCCUCUCCAUCCUGCAGGCAGAUCCCAUUUGCAAGCAACGUCGCAACCCCUGGCUUUUGGCAAGCCUGGUGGUCAGUCUAUCUAUUGCAAUAUUUGUCACGGAGGUGCCGGGUAUUCAGCGAAUAUUUGGCACUGGCUCCGCCCCUCUAGAGUUCUGGUUCUUGCCUAUCCCCCUUGCAUUGGGCAUCUUGUUCAUGGAUGAGACUCGCAAGCUGUCGGUGCGGAUUUGGCCAAGGGGAUUUACUGCACGAAUUGCGUGGUAA